CGAUAAGAAACCCGUCUCAGCACACUGCAUUCUGCAACUGAGUUCAUUUGCUUCCUCAUUUUGCAUUCUCUGUGAAAGCUUUCGUCACGAGAUGAAAUAUAGGCGUCGGAACCUGAAAUCUGAGUGGAGAUGCGUAUCUCUCAAGGUCAGUGGAUGGGAUCAGAAACAGGUACGACGCAUGGCAAUAGAUCUCUACCCAGUUCGAGAAAAAGCCUCAGAUGUGUUUCAAAAUCAAAUCACGCGCCAGAACUGACCGUGUCUCCCCACCAAUCGAUUCAUCAAUGCAUUAUCACAUAUGCCACGUGAGAGAGGUUGAUAAGCACUAAUCGCUUAGCUGCUCUCACGUACGCAAGUUGCAGCACUAAGUUAAACAAGACGGUCCGAGGUCCAAACCUCUCUGACUGAGCUACGAUAACGGGACCAGAAUAUAAACGACGACAUGCCGAUUCAAAUGCAGCACAGCACUGUCACAACCGCAGCUAUCUCGAACCCACAAUGACAACCCCCCAAGCCCAUCCCAUCCCAUCCUUCGACAUCGCAGCAGCUGACAUCGCAAAAGAAGCUGAAGACCUAGUCAACUAUCUCGAACAAUCUGUUAAUAAACUCAUCGCUUCUGUUGGGAGCUCAGAACUCACCUUCGACACAGUAAUCCGGCCGCUGGCCGCCAUCGACAACGAGCUACGAGCUCGCGUGCAGUACAUCGCGCUAUUCAAUGGUGUCUCUCCUUCCGCCCCUAUCCGACAGGCCUCGUCGGCAGCAGACAGCCGGGUGAUCCAGGCGCAUCUGGCACUGUUCCAGCGGGACGACCUGUUUGCUCUCGUUGACGCGGUCCAUGCCGAUCCGCACCAGCACGCGUCCGUCGACGAAGAGGACCAGAAGCUACUCAACAGAUUCCACCAACUGUUCGUGGAGAACGGCUUGAGACUGACUGGGGUGGAUCGUGGGCGGUUCAACUGGAUCACACGGCGCUUGGUCGAUCUGCGGGUGGAAUUCAUGCAGAACCUCAGCGCUGAUCCGGGAUCUGCGUGCUUCAGCGAGGACGAACUUGCAGGGUUAACCGUCAACGGCUUCGACGCCGUCGAGGAUGACAUCACUGACCCGACGGUGAAACGGUACUCGGUUCCCCUGACAAAGCCGGUGGUGACGAGGAUCCUCUCUCACUGUCGUGUGGCCCAAACCCGGAAGGAGGUGUUCCUCCUCAACCAAAACAGAUACAAGCCGAACGUUGAAAUCUUCCGGGAGAUAGUGAUCCUGCGCGACGAAGCCUCGCGGCUGCUGGGGUUCGAGUCCUUUGCACACCGGAAGCUCCAGCAACACCUCGUGAAAUCCCCGGAGCAGGUAGAAGAGUGGUUGAAGGAGCUCCAGACUGCGUUGCAGCCCCUCGCGCAACGGGAGAUCGAGCAGCUGCGGACUGUCUCAGGAGCUCACGCGAUUCACCUCUGGGAUCUGGACUUCUACCACAACCGCAUCCUCCAGGAGCAGUACCAAGUGGACCACGAGCGCGUGGCGGAGUACUUUCCAGCCAAGGGCACCAUCGAGCGCAUGCUCGGUAUUUUCGAGAAUCUGUUCAGCGUGCAAUUUGAGAAGCUCGACGUCGCAGGAAAACACACUUGGCACGCGGACGUGGAUGCGUACGCAGUCUGGGAGGCCGACAAGUCGGCCUUUAUCGGGUAUCAAUAUGUGGAUAUCUACCCCCGGCCGGGGAAGUACAACCACGCGGCGAAUUUCAAUAUCUAUCCGGCAUACCUCAACAGCGAGGGCAAAAGAACCCCCGUCGUAACAGCGCUGGUCUGCAAUGUCUCGCGUGGAGAGCCGGCUCUCCUCCGCCACCAAGAAGUGAUCACUAUCUUCCAUGAACUCGGACACGGAGUGCACGAUCUCCUCGGCAAAUCCAAAUACGCUCUUUUCCACGGCCACCGCACCGUCGCGGACUUUGUCGAAGCGCCCAGUCAGCUCUUGGAGGCUUGGUGCUGGGUCCCGGACUGCCUGCGCCAGCUAAGCUGCCACUAUAGUUAUACACCAUCACGGACGACUCCAGCUUCCGCCAACAACAACGAGCAGCCUCAAUCACCACCACCACCACCAAGAUCCCUCCCAGACACCCUCCUAACCUCCCUCCUCUCCACAAAACCCCUCAAUCAAGCCCUCCUCACCCUCCGCCAAAUCGCCCUCAGCACUUUCGACAUGGCCGUCCACCACCCUUCCUCCCACGCCGCGCUUCAGAGCCUGAAUAUCCCCGCUACAUACAACCGUCUUAUCGAGGAGACCACCUUCCUCCGGGGUCCUAGUAGUCCUGUUGCCGCUCCCAAUCCCGAGACCUCCACCUCUAAUUCCCCCGAAGACGACUGCUACACCUACGGAACUGCCUACAUCACCACCGCGCACUUUGUCUGGAGCCUGGAGGCAAAUUAUUAUUCCUAUCUAUUCACCCGCAUGCUAGCAGCGGAUCUCUGGACCUCGCAUUUCCGAGCCGAUCCGAUGAGUCGGGCGGCUGGGUUGGCGUAUCGACAUGGCAUCCUCGAGUUUGGGGGAAGUAGAGAUGAGUGGGGUCUUCUUACAAGUUUUCUGGGGAGGGAGCCGGAUAUGAGAGCUUAUUUGGGGGAGUUAGGGGUGGAGGGCGAGGGUGAAGAAGUGGGAUGA